UAAAUUCAAUUCUCAAACACAAAAUCAAUUUCUUGAUUCCUAUCAAUAAAAAUAAAAAUUCUUACUAUUAUUUUUAUUAUUAUUUAUAAUUAAUUGAUGUGGAGCAACCUUCCCUUAGAUCUCCUCGCCGCUGUCUUCUCCCACCUUCCGGCGGACGCCUUAGCCGCCGCUAAUUCCACCUGCCGGACGUGGCGCGCCGCCGCCGAUUGCGCCGCCGCGCGCGGCGGCCAUCCGCCGUGGUUCCUCGCCGUUCCGGCCACCCGCGGCGUCUCCGGCAACCGCGCCUUUGUCUACAACCCAAUUCGGCUGACGUGGCACGUCUUGCCCCAGAUUAACACAGCUCCGAUUAAGGCCGUCGCCGCCAUUAAUUGCGGCCUCGUCCUCGGAAAAUUUUCCGGCGGAUCUUCGCUCAAACUCGUUGUUACCAAUCCCUUCACCGGACAGUUCAAACCCCUGCCGGAACUCACCGUCGCCAGAAUUAAUCCGGCCGUCGGAGUCGUCGACUUCUCCGAUAGCAGCUCCGCCGUGCCGCGCUUCAAGAUUUACGUCGCCGGCGGCAUGUCGGCGGAUGCCCGCGGCGGCGGAGCCGCGUACCAGCCAACGAUCGAAUCCUACGACUCAUCGUCGCAUACUUGGGCCACGGCCGCGACCAUGCCAGCCGAACUAGCCGUGAGGCUAACGGUGUGGACGCCGCACGAGAGCGUAUACUCUAACGGCACACUUUAUUGGAUGACUUCCGCGCGAGCAUACAGCGUGAUGGGCUUCGAAACCGCCACAAAAAAAUGGCGGGAAUUAAGUGUCCCAAUGGCGGACCUCCUCGAAUAUGCGGCAUUGGUGCCUACGGCGGGCGGGGGGUUGGGCGUGGUGGGGUGGACCUCGGGGACCGCGACCUUCUCUUGCCGGAUAUGGGAGCUCGGCGACGGUGAGGAAUGGCGGGCUGUGGGGAAAGUCCCGUUUGAAAUGGCGAAUAAGGUUUUCAAGAAUGUCGAGAGUUGGAGCGCCGUCAAGUGUGUGGCGACGAAAGGGAUGGUCUGUUUGUAUAGGGGUUUUGGGAUCGGGAUUUUGAUGAAGUUUAAGGAUUGCGGCGAGUUCGAAUGGGAAUGGAUCGAAGAGUGUAAUAGAAAGGAGUUCGAGAAUGUCCCGAUUAAAGGGUUGUUGCUAUACCCGAAUCUUGGCCGUUCGGCAUUUUGUUUUCGGUGAGAAUUGUUGUAUGUCUUAAGAAAAUACAAAUCUAUUUUUUUUGUUAGUUUAUUGAAAUUUAUCA